AUGGACUCUUUUGUUGCUGUCGUUAACUCGAGGCUGUUGAAGCUCUAUUACCUCGGAGUCAUUCUGGCUGUCGCUUACGUAUUGUAUUUGGUUGGCAUUGUAAUAUACCGGCUGUGGUUCCAUCCUCUGGCCAAGUUCCCGGGCCCGGUCUGGCUCGCCAUUUCAGACUUUCCCUAUCUUUAUAUGGCAAACUACCGUGGUGUUUUUGCUCAUCGCGCACUGGAUCUGCAUCGUCGGUAUGGCAGGACGGUACGAAUUGCGCCCAACCGCCUGAUGAUCGAUGGUUCGGUCGGUUGGAACGACAUUUUCGCACACCGGCCUGGCGGAGACGCGACCGAAUUCCGCAAGAGCCCCGGGACUUUUAGUUCACCGGACGGAACGUCGCUGAUCAAUGCCACGACGCGGGAAGACCACCGCCGCCAGCGACGCGCCCUGGCCCACGCGUUUAGCGAGGCGGCCAUGGCCGAACAAGAGGGUCUCAUCAUGCACUACGUCGACCUCUUCAUAUGCCGAUUGUCGGAAGCUUCGCAGGGAGGCAGCCGGCCCGUCGACAUGAUGAGCUGGCUCAACUUCCUGACCUUUGAUAUCAUUGGCGACCUGUCCUUUGGAGAAUCGUUUGGCAGCCUCGAGCGAGGUGGGUACCACUUUUGGGUCUCCAACAUCUUCCUGGCAGCCAAGGGCUUGAGCAGAAGGCGUUUCUUCAGACAGGCCGGUCUGAGCCGGCUGGCGUCCCUCGACCCGGAGCAGACGGUCAGCCGCCUCGAGGAGAACAACAAGUAUUCGCACGACAAGGCCUCGGCCCGCAUCGAGCUCGGGGAAGAGCCGCUCGCCCCGUCGUGGGACAGCCCGCUCGACGCCCAAGGGCGACCGGUAAUGAAGCCUCGUCGGGACUUUAUGAGCUACAUGAUGCGCAAGACCGGCUCCGGAGAUGGACUGAGCCGCCAGGAGAUGCUUUACAACGCGGCCACCUUGAUCCUGGCGGGCAGCGAGACGACCGGGACGAACCUGUCCACCUUGUUCUUCGAGCUCUGCCUGCCGCGGAACCGCGCAGUCAGAGAUGCCGUCGUCGCCGAGGUCCGGACAAAGUUCAAGCGCGAGGCCGACGUCAACUUCAAGGCUGUCCAGGCCAGCCAGCUCCCUCUGCUGCACGCCUGUAUCGAGGAGUCGCUCCGCAUCCACCCACCGUUUGCCGAACAGCCUCCGCGUGUAUCGCCGGGGGCUGUGGUGGAUGGGCAGUUUGUUCCCAAGGGUACCAUCGUGACCAUCUACCAAAACGCCACAUACCACAACCCGGACAACUUUGUCGACCCCGACUCGUUUCGACCGCAGCGGUUCCUGCCCCCGACCCACCCGAUGCACGACGCCAGGCUCGCGGCCGGCAGCAACAUGGCGGCCUUCAAGCCCUUCAGCUACGGCCCGCGCGACUGCCUGGGCAAGAACCUCGCGUACGCCGAGAUGAACCUGGUGGCCUCGCGCCUCCUGCUGCGGUUCGACGUGGAGCUGGCCGAGGGCACGUCGGAGGACUGGCUGGAUUCGCAGCUGAGCUUUGUGAUUUGGGAGAAGGGCGACUUGAUGCUGAAGCUGACUGAGCGUAGAGACCUCGAGCUCAAACAGUGGCAGUGA